AUGACAAAUUUAAUUGUAGGUGUCCUACUGGUUUCAAAAUUGGUCACAGUUGAGUGCCAUGUACUGCAGAUUUUUGUUUUGAUCGAACUAUUUUAUUUAGCUGUAAGUCCACCAAUCGCUGUUCCGGGUGGUGAUCUUGCACCCACUAAUCGAUCUGCUGUUGGUCUUGCAAAUUCCACAGCGUUAGUUGAAGCGUGGGCUCGAAUUGAUUACAAAUUUGAUCUCAUGUAUUCGAAGCGCGCAUUUAUUCAUUGGUACAUUAGCGAAGGAAUGGAAGAACAUGAAUUCAAUGAAGCACGAGAAAAUUUAGGAGCGUUGGAGAAAGAUUACAUUGAAGCAGGACACGAUCUCGCACGAGUUAAUUCGAUAAGAUCGAAUAUGUGA